AUGUGGGUGAUAUCACCAGAACAUGAACGCGCGCCAUUAUCCUUGCACGAGUGCCUGGACUCUCCCCCGCCUAAAACAGGGUACAGACGCAGCUGGUUCCUGGUUUUCCUCCUGGCUCCCCUGGCGUAUUACCUGGUCGUCGCAUGUAUUGCCACCACGCCUGUGACACAUACUAAUCAAAUGUCCGAGAUGGAACAAGAACAACAUUCGUUUAUGUCCGUCCCUGUAAGCUUCAAUUCGGUGUUUCUGUUGCGUCAAGAAUGUAAGUGCUGUAGGGAAAAACCGGCUAGAGUUAGAUUCUUAACAAUUUAAAGACUAUUAUCCCUGAAAAACGAACAUCGUACUACGAACCUACUCCUAGACCCGUAGUAUGGUCUUUCGUAGCAGCUUCGAGUAUUUCGUAGCAGGUCGCUUUUGUAUGUAGCAUUGCUACAGCUACGAGUAUUUCGUAGCAGGUCGCUUCUGUCUGUAGCAUUGUUACAGCUACAAGUAUUUCGUAGCAGGUCGCAUCUGUGGCAUUGCUACAGCUUCGAGCACUUCGUAGCAGGUCACAUCUGUAGCAUUGCUUCAGCUACGAACACUUCGUAGCAGGUCGCAUCUGUAGCAUUGCUUCAGCUACAAGCACUUCGUAGCAGGUCACA